GCGGCGGCGGCAGCAGCGGCGGCAGCGACGCGCGCCGCCCUUCCACAUGCCGCGUGGAGAUGGGCAACCUGCUGGCGCCCGAGCCGCGUCCGCUCGACAACAAAGUCAAGCGGCACAGCAUCCACGGGAUGACAGAGGAGGAGAACGUGGUGCGGCCGCACCAGGAGAUGGCCGUGCUGUCCCUGGAGGAGAAGAAGUACCUGCUGGGCGUGGAGCGCGGCGACGUGGCGGGCACGCGGCGCGUGCUGCAGCGCGCGCGCGACACGUGCCACAUCAACGUGGACUGCGUGGACCCGCUGGGCCGCAGCGCGCUGCUCAUGGCCAUCGACAACGAGAACCUCGAGAUGGUGGAGCUGCUGCUGGAGUUCGGCGUGGAGACGCGCGACGCGCUGCUGCACGCCAUCUCCGAGGAGUUCGUCGAGGCCGUCGAGGCGCUGCUCGACCACGAGGAGCGCUCGCGCAAGCCGGGCGAGCUGCACAGCUGGGAGGCGCUGCCGCCGGAGACGGCCACGUUCACGGCGGACAUCACGCCGCUGAUCCUGGCGGCGCACCGCGACAGCUACGAGAUCAUCAAGCUGCUGCUGGACCGCGGCGCCGCGCUGCCCGUGCCGCACGACGUGCGCUGCGGCUGCGACGAGUGCGUGCGCUCGCGCUCCGAGGACUCGCUGCGCCACUCGCGCUCCAGGAUCAACGCCUACAGGGCUCUGGCCUCACCCUCGCUGAUCGCGCUGUCUUCGAAGGACCCCAUACUGACCGCGUUCGAGCUGUCCUGGGAGCUGCGGCGGCUGUCCGCGCUGGAGCACGAGUUCAAGACUGAGUACCAGGAGCUGCGCGCGCAGUGCCAGGAGUUCGCGACGGCGCUGCUGGACCACACGCGCACGUCGCACGAGCUGCAGGUGCUGCUGAACCACGAGACGGGCGCGCCGCAGGCGCCGCUGCCCGAGCCCGGCGCGCCCGAGCGCAUGCGCCUGUCGCGGCUCAAGCUGGCCAUCAAGCUGCGCCAAAAGAAGUUCGUGGCGCACCCGAACGUGCAGCAGCUGCUGGCGUCCAUCUGGUACGAGAGCGUGCCGGGCUUCCGGCGCAAGAACAUGCUGCUGCAGGCGGCCGAGAUGGUGCGCAUCGGCGCCAUGUUCCCGCUGUACGCGCUGGCCUACGUGGCCGCGCCGCACUCCGCCGCCGGCCGCACGCUGCGCAAGCCCUUCAUCAAGUUCCUCUGCCACUCGGCCAGCUACUUCAUGUUCCUGUUUCUCCUAAUACUAGCAUCGCAAAGAAUAGAAACGGCAGCGGGGGGCCUUCUGUGGGGCAGCCCACACGCGGAGCCGCUGUCGCGACGAGGAGCGGCGCCCUCCUUGGUCGAAUGGCUCAUCCUCGCCUGGGUCAGUGGUUUGAUUUGGAGCGAGGUGAAACAGCUCUGGGACAUGGGGCUGCGGGAAUAUGUGCACGACAUGUGGAAUGUUAUAGACUUCGUUACGAAUUCUUUGUACGUGGCCACGGUUGCGUUGCGAAUCGUUUCACAUUUUCAGGUUCGUCGAGAAAUGGCGCAAGGAUUGCAAUGGAACCAACCUCGAGAGAAAUGGGAUGCGUGGGACCCUAUGCUGCUAUCGGAGGGUCUGUUCUCGGCAGCGAACAUCUUCAGCAGCUUGAAACUAGUUUACAUCUUCAGCGUGAACCCACACCUCGGACCUCUGCAAGUUUCUUUGAGCCGGAUGGUGCUAGAUAUUUUGAAAUUCUUCGUAUUAGACAUCUUAGUCAUAUUUGCCUUCUCCUGUGGUCUGAAUCAACUAUUGUGGUAUUACGCUGACAUGGAAAAGAAGCGAUGUACAAUCGGAACCAAUAUUCCGGCAGCAAAUGGAACACUACCUGAUCCUGAUGCCUGUAUCGUUUGGAGACGAUUUGCAAAUUUAUUUGAGACCAUGCAGACCCUCUUUUGGGCCGCAUUCGGGCUGGUGGACCUCGACUCGUUCGAGCUGGACGGCAUCAAGAUCUUCACGCGCUUUUGGGGCAUGCUCAUGUUCGGCACCUACGCCGUCAUCAACGUCAUCGUCCUACUGAAUCUGCUAAUCGCCAUGAUGAAUCAUUCAUAUCAACUUAUAUCUGAGCGUGCAGACGUGGAGUGGAAGUUCGCCCGCAGCAAGCUGUGGAUCAGCUUCUUCGAGGAGGGCGGCACGGCGCCGCCGCCCUUCAACGUGGUGCCGUCGCCCAAGUCGCUGCUGUACGCCUGGCGCUGGCUGCAGCGCCGCAUGUGCGGCCACGCGCGCGCCAAGCGCGAGCACAUGCGCACCAUCCGGAGAAAAGCAAAACAAGCAAACGAGCGAGAUUUCAGAUAUCAGGCUAUAAUGCGAAACCUGGUGCGACGCUACGUGACGGUGCAGCAGCGACGCGCGGAGAGCGGCGGCGUGACGGAGGACGACGUCAACGAGAUCAAGCAGGACGUCAGCGCCUUCCGCUGCGAGCUGGUCGAGAUCCUGCGCAACUCCGGCAUGAACACGUCCACGGCCAACGCAGGUGCUCCCGGUGGGGGCGGCGGCAAGAAGAACCGGCAGAAGGAGCGGCGCCUGAUGAAGGGGUUCAACAUCGCGCCGGGCGGCUCGCUGGCGCCGGUGGACGAGUUCCUGGCGUCGCUGCACCACGAGCACGGCGGCGGCCACGCGCACCACGCCUCGCUCAGCGCGCUGCUGGGCGGCGCCGGCGGCCGCCUGCGCACCAGCCAGUCCAGCCUGUCCGACGCGCCCGGCGCCGGCGCGGGCGGCGCGGCGGCGGGCGGCUCCACGCGCCGCAAGCCGGCGCCGCACAAGCGCCGCUGGGGCACCAUCAUCGAGGCGGCGCGGGCGGCGCGCGUGUCGCGCCUCAUCGGCCGCUCGCGCUCCGAGGACUCCGUGUGCGACCACACCAGGCAAUCCCCCAGCGGCAGCGAGCGUUCGGAGUCGGGCAGCGACUCGCAGCGCAGCCCGGAGCGCGCGCGCGGCGGCCCGCUGCACCCGCUCAGCGCGCUCGCCGCGCUCAAGCGCAAGCGCAAGAAGUUCUCCGACUCGCGCCGCUCCGCCGCCGCCGAAGCCGCCGCUGCCGCAGCCGCCGAGGCCCUGCAGCGCGCCAGCUCGGUGCCGGCGCGGGUGCCGCCGCCGCAGCCGCCGCCGCGCGCGCCGCUGCAGCCGCCGCCGCCCUCGCCCGCGCCCGCCGCGCGGGGCGGCAGCCGCGAGCCGCUGCUGGCCAGCCUCGACGACGACGCGCACAAGGCGUGCGGUCGGUGCGGCUGCGACGCGACGGUGACGACGAGCGUGUGCUCGAGCGCGAGCGCGCCGGACGAGGAGCCGGAGGCGGCGGGCGGCGGCGCGGGCGCGGGCGCCACGUGCGGGCGCUGCGCGGCGCUGGCGCGGCUGGCGGGCGUGACGCCGCUGCACGGCCACGCGCCGCACCACUCGGCCGGCUGGCUCUAGCCGCUCCGAGGAGCCGCCUGCGCCGCGCGAGGGAGCGUCUUCUGACGGGCGCGAGUCGUCCGGGCCGAUGAGCGCGGAAAACGAUUCCUAUUUAAGAACAUUUUCGCUCGCGGUUCUGUAGACUGACCGCGGCUUCGGUGGCCUCGCCGCGUGUGUCGACGGAAACUCAUUCCAGUGAAAAGAAACUGAGUAAUGUUUGACCGAAGUCGACUGUGUGAUAAAUAAUAACAAGAGAGCACAAAAUAUCAAUUUCUUUGAUCGUCCGAGCAUAAUUUAGUAUAUCACUAGUUUUGAGAAAACUAAACAAACUUGCGUACGUCGCUACAUUUGCGUGGCGAUCGCGAAGCGAUCUCAGUAAAGUUUGUAAGAAACGUCCGAAUAGAAAACAACCAAGUACGGUAUGUAAUACUUAGCUUUAGUGAUCGAUGAGGAGUAAUAAAUGUGUUGGUACUUCUACUGAGCGCAACACUAGACGUUAUGUGCCGUCACAAUCUUCAAGUAAUUUUAAGUGUAAUGGUUAGUUAUCAUUACGACCAAUUUUUCUAUUGUGAUAUAAAUAUAGACUUUUAGUACCAUUACCUAAAUUCGGUCACAGAAAAAGUUUUAUAAUGGUGUAUUUAUUCAAUGUAAAUACAGGCGAUCUGAUCAUUUCAAAUAAAAACCACAAUAACGUCAGUGUCGCGCAUCAUCAUCAUCAUUAUUUAUCUUUAAGAUCGUAAGGGUAAUAAAAUAUGGGUGAUAACACCAAAUAUUAGACUAAAAUCAAGGCAGGCGUAAUAACAUUAAUAUUAAAUAUGAGAUUUGAAAAGUUAUAUCAAUGCUUCUAUCGGUUUCUAGUCCUCUGAAAAACAUCCCCUGCCUUUGAUCGAGACCGGUUUUCAGUAAAUAGGGAAAAUAUUACUAGUAGUCACGAAUGAGCUAUGCCACAAGUACACGAGAAUUUCCCGGGCAUCGAAUAUCGCAAAUAUUUGCUGUUUGCACUUAAGGCUAGUCGCUCCUAAUAGAAAUAAUAAAUAUACACAUAUUACCUAGUAGUCGGUAGAUCUUCCUAAUUAUAUUAACGAAGGCAUAUUUUAUUGAACACCAAUUAGUUAUGUAGUUACAAGUGAAAUUUUAAGAUGUAGUUACGUAUUUAUAAGCAAAAUAUUUUAUAUACCUUCCUACGCGUUGCGUUGUACUUAGUUUAAGUGCUAAUAAGUUAAUAGAAAUGAUGUGUUCCAGAAAGUUUUCCAAUAAUAAGUUACUCAGUCGGCGCACAUAAAAUAGCGGUAAUUACCUAAUAAGUAAGAACGAACAACAUGAAACAGGGAUUUUUCAAAAAAACAUGUUAUACCUACUUUCCUAAACCCGAGAUGAUCACCCCUGAUUUUAUAAGACACGUAGGUUAGAUAGGGCGUAGGCCUAGAUAGGUAAGAUAAUAUACAUUUGACGCAAUACUUAUUGAUUAAAUCAUAUGUGAUCACAAAGUUUUACAUUCUUAUAAUAAAUUACGAUAUAUUCUAUGAGGCGACAGAUAUGUUUGGUUUACUACAAGAUAUGGAUAUAUGUAAUAGUAAAUUCAGUAUAGAGCAUUUUAUUAAAGCAAUGUAUCGUGCACCCGACAAAACGAAGCAUCUAAUAAAGCAUUUUAUAGAUUUAGCCCCUAACUCAGUCAGUGCCUGAGGUAUGGGAGCGGCACGGGAGGGGGUUUUUAAGACGUCAAACGUCAGUGAGACUUCAGAUUUGUAUAGAUGAACUACACUGAACUGUCCUUUAUUUGACACUGACAGGGGGGCCACCGUCAAUAGCGGAUCGCUAGUUCCGAAUUUUGCCACGGUGGAAACCAUAUAGUUGCACGAAGAUGGUGGCGCCCUGCUGUCAAUGUCGUCGGUGGGACAUUUCAGUGUAGUUCAUCUAUAUGCUCUGUCACGAUAUAACAUGUCAAUGUCACCCCUCCCGUACCGCUCCCAUACCUCAGGCACUCACUGAAUUAAGUGUUAGAACUAUAAAUAGGUACUUACUUAGUUUUUAGUGAUAUGACAUACUGAUGUUAUUUUGUUCUGUCUGAGAUUAUUGAGAAAAGCGGUCGUAUUCGCUUUUAACUUCAGUUAAAGAAGUUGAAAACCAGGAAACUGGGUCAAAAUGAUUAUUUUGUAUAGCACAAAAAUAUUUGAAUUUGAAUACGACUGCGUAAACAUAAUCAUAUCGAAGCGUAUACUUCUUGUAGGGUAGCGUGCAAGCACAUUAUAUUUAACUAAAAAGUUUACCGGCGUUAUACAUAUAGCCAGUGGGUUUCAAGAGACACAGUCGACUACAGAAUAUACAAUGUGCGUAUAAAUUAUUGUCAUAACAUGAUGACCCCGGUAAUAAUGUAAAAUAUGGGAAUGAAGUAUGUUAUGGUAACAUUUUGGAAUAAUACUUGCGUGACAUUCAACGUCAUCUAUUUAUUUACACCAGAGCGAUGUUGCGAGUUAAAAUAAGUUAUUUACGGCCUAUAAUAUAAAUAAUUGAAGUGAGCGCUUCGUUUGGUCGGGCGCGCGGGCGCCGAGGCGGGCCUGCGGGCCCGAGGGGAGCGCACUCGUGUUUCGUACCUACUCUUUGACGCAAACAACUGCCUACAUCGUAAGUACUUCAUUAAAACAUUCACUGAAUAGCCUAAAAAGUCACACCGAUCAAAUUGUAUCCGAAAUGUAACAUCAUGGAUCGACAAAUGUUAAGUCAGCAGUACUAUUUGAAAAAGCAUCGAUUCUAUAAAGCCAACAAACACGACGCUACUCCGUUCCGAUUAAUAAGUUUUGCCCAGAACAUUAUCGUACCUAUAACACGACUUCACAGACUUCAGAUAUCAUAAUCAGACCCAAAAUCUAAUAAUCCAUAGUACACAUGGUACAUAGUACUUAAGACUGUAAUUAUAAUUCCAAGAUUUCAUAUAACACCGUCCCUGGGUAACGGACGGUAUCAGGGCUGCAGGAGCGCAAGGGGAGUGGGUGGAGCAUGGUACGGGAGGCGCUCCCGCCGGCCCGCGCUCGCAGCCGGAGCCGCGUGCGACAGAGGCCUUCACGCGCUCGAGCGGCAACUAUUAUAUUUUGUAAGAUUGUUAUUUAUUUAUACAUUGUAUUUGUAUAUAACGGUGCGAACUUUAAUAAAAUAAGCACUAUUUA